AGGCGGCCAGAUCGGUGGCCAGAGUGCAAGGAUGGGGGGGACACCGAUUCACAGCCCACGAAAUUCUGCUGCGCAUGGCAGAGGACAGAAGGAUCGCAUUGGUGCCGCAGCUACCCGCGCUUCUUCCUCCUGCUGCCCCUCUCAACUUCCAAGCUCUUCCCCCUGCCCCGUACUAAAUGCCUCCCUUCUUCUCUUACACCACUCUCCCCUAUCAACUCACGGAGGGCCCUUAUCCUAUGCGCGAGUUCUCGAAGUAUCUGGUGGAGCUAACUGACGUGGAACCGCUGCCCUUCGCAGACGAAGACGCGUGGGAGUUGCACCGUGCGCUGUACAAGUCGGUGGCGUUGGGGAUGUUCCGAUUCUUCRUGGAUCACGAAGACCACUGCAUCGGGGAGCACUUCGUCGUCUACUACAUCAUCACACGGCCCAAGCCGGCGCAGAAGGAGGGGACGGUGGCGCUGUACCCAUUCGCCCAGCUCCAGACGAUCGAUCCGGGAUUGUUGGAGCUCAUACAUCUUGAGUUCCUCUCCAUUGUGCAAGUGAUCGCGAGCGAGGAACUUGAAGAGGAGAACCAGCCACGAUUGCGGACGGCGACGGCCCCGCGGAGAACGUACAACGCGGUCGUCAUCCCGGAUUACAUUGCGCAGCGCGCGAAGAGGUUGGAGGACUUCCCGGAGGAAAAGCCGUUGUGGCCUCCCUCGUCGUAUCCCCGACCGGCGCCACCCAAGGCCCCCAAGAAGACGCCGAAGAGGAAGAGACGCCACCCGUCGCCAGGAGCGCAAGGCAGCAGAAUCGGUGGCGGCGAGGAGGUGAUUCAGCCCGCGCGUACGCGGAAUCUUGACCCCGCGCCUGGGAGUGAGGCGACGCUCGUUAAGGCGACUGUCGUGCCAUCGCCGCCCUUCCCGCGCAUGGCCGAUCUCAAUCUUGAUGGAGCCGUGCCAUCAGCAGCAGCAGCAGCCGGGGGAGGAAGCCGAAUGGGAAUACCGGAUCCCAUAUCCAGACCCCCCGUCCUCGCGGGACCUCUCCGCUCCCACCAGUCACCCCGGGGUGCCCCGAUCAUUGACAUUAGCAGUUCCUCCAAGCCGGACGGUCCAUCCGACAGAGCGCGACUGGCUGGGACGCUCAUCUACGAGACCGGGCAGCAUCCUAAUGUGAUGUACCACUUCCUUGUCUUCACGGCGGAGAAGCGGGAGCGGCGGCCUUACACCGAGACUCAUGUGGUGAUGAAGGGUCCAGGGCCCCGAUCGGUGCGCAAGCGGGUGGUGCGAGCGGUGGCGGAUCUGGCGCCACGUGUCUUGUCUCAUGUGCCGGGGGCCUUGCUCUAUCCCUCGAUCGUCCAACACCACUUCCAGGAGGAAGAUGCUCCGACGAUUCCCGCGACAAUGGCCGCUUUUCUUCCACCUAUUUCGCCCCCUCUCAAUCCCGACAUCGAUCACUUCCUCUGAUCACCCUCGUCUACCUCUCCCCGCUUAUCUCCUUCUCCUUCUCUUCAUCAUCUUCUUCUCCUAUGCCCAAAGUUC